CUAAUUCUGCACGGGCUAGUGUUUAGAGGCCAUAGUGUUGCGAGGGAUAAUUUAGUUAGAGGGUGGAGUCCUUAUGAGUACCUUUAAAAGAGAAGACCAGAAAGACACCACCACCAUGUACAGAUAGAUUAAGAGGAUAUCCAUUCACAACCAGGAAUAGAGCCACACCAAAUAACAUGUCUUCCAUCACCUUGAGCCUGAACAUAAGACAGACAUAAGAUCUUCAGUGUUGGUACUUAAACCAUCCAUACGGUAUUUCUGUUCUAAAAGCCAAGCCAACCAGGACCAUCCCCUCCAGAAGUAUAAAGCAUAGACGAGGGCCUCUGACGCAGCAGAGCUGACAGGCAUGGCACAGAGAAUGCAAGAGCCUGGCCAAUGGAUGAGCAACAAGUCAUGGCCCAGAGUGAGGAGCUGGACUGGGAUGGCAGAGGCUCUGCAUUCGCUUAGGCUGGGAUGAGUCUUCCGAGCUGGGGACAAAUGAGCGAACUGUCAUGACUCAUUCCUCUAAAUGGCUCCUUGUGGUAUGCAUGAGCCGAUUCUUCCAAAUAGCACCCCAAAAGCCCAGCAAGAGGAAUCAAUUCCAAUUUCCCAGGGCCUUCUGGGUGUGAUAAAGUUAACUUGUCAUGUCUUCUGUCUUCCUGCUUCCCCUUACUACGAACGGAAAAUACCAUUCAAUUAAGGCGAUUACAUCCUCCCUAAGACGUUGGACUCGGAAACCACACCACAGGCAAGUGGUCAAACCAGUGGUAGAACAAACCCCAGAGGCCUCCUGUGGCAAGCAGCAAGCCUGGGGAAGCAGAAGACAUCAGUACCACACGGGGCAGCUGAGAGCAGGCUCUGGGCCAACGGAGUCAGCCCCGUGCUCCCAUAGCACAGAGUCCUCUCCAAACAGAGGGACCCGUGCUCCCAGCCGUAACAGCUGUUGUGGUUCCCAUGAAGGAAGCUGAGAUGGCCAGGAAUGUGAAAUGAGCAGCUUCCUUUUCUCCACCUACACCCUCAAUUCUUCCCCGAGUCUCACCCAGAAGCCAAGAGUAGCAAGGAAGUCCUCGGGAUGCAGCCGCUAGACCCUGAGCCCCAUCGUCUGAGUUUCUUGCUGUAGAAAACACAGAGGAGUCAGGCGGUGACUGGGGCUAAAUGGCAGCCCAAAUUCUUCCUUUUCUUUACAUGCUGUGUUAUACUGGGCAGUAUUCUGCACCUCUCUGUGCCUUCUCUCUCCACCUGUAAAAUGGUGAUAAGGCUCUGCUCAGCCCUCCUCAGAACAGUCCUGAGAAUCGAGCAAGACCCGGGGUGCGAAAGAUUACCAAGAGAGCCACAAGGUGAUGUGCAGGAGUGUACCGUGCUCUGUGUCAUCUCGGGACAGAUACAGUGCUGGCUUCCUCUGACUGUAAUCUACUUUGGGUUCUAUGCAUUGUAAGAUACCAAGAGGGCAGUGGAAUUCAAAAUUCAGAGUAACUUUUGGUAUAAAUAUUUUCCACCUUAAUAUACUUGUAAUUUACAGGGUGGUAACUCACUGUCUGGAAUCCGAAUUUCAUCAGUCAUCUCAGACUUUCAUCUGCUUGUUCUGACCGCCCUAGGACUGUCAGGUCUCCUACUGUGUCCCCUGCUCUGUAUGGAUCCCAGAGUCACGUGGCCUGGGUGUCUAGCCUAGCCCUAUCACCCAUCAGCUGGAAGGCACAGAAUGUCUGCACUGCCUCUCUGAGGCGCUGAUGUCUCAUCGCAAAAGUGACACUGACAAUGUGUAUGAGUGAUGACGUGUAAGCUGAGACCCCGCCCUGGAGUCACCCAUCAGGGCUCUGAUUGGUGGGACAGUUGUACUCGUCAUUGUGGGGUGUAAAAGAGUGGCUGGCUGUAGGUGGAGCUUCUGGAACUAAAGGUGGACACACACAAGUCUCCACACCUGGCACCUCUGGUGUUUCCAGCUGGAAUGCAAGGAGAUCAUGGCACUCCAGCUGAGGCUGGACUGUGUGGCCCUCUCAAGCCUGGGUUAGCAGUUGGCCUGAUCCCUGAGAGAGACAGAGAGAGUGUGAAGUAUCUGAGCUCUCAGCCUGCCCCCUAUCUGUGUACCACACCCUCCAGGACGCUUGUCAGCACAGACAUGCUCCCCACCACAGCAGCUGACAGCUUUUGCAGAAGGCAAGCAGACACCGGGCCCAGGGUGGAGAGAACAUAGGCAAAUUGGCCUCACUCCAAAGAUCUUCAAAUGUUGGAGAAGCAGGUUCGUACAGAAAAUAUGAGAUGGAACAGAACAUGUCACAUAAGAGAAAUGGAGUCAACAAGGAGUAAGCCAGAUGGGGGCAUAGCAAGAGGUUGUGCAGGGGCAAAGAGAGACAUUCUCUGCAGAGGGACCACCACUCAGACGAACCUGGCUAGGACAUGUCUGCAGAUCCCUCAGCCAGUGGGUGGCAGGCCAGGGCAGUCAGAGGCACAGAGCAGAGAAGUCACACUGUUCCUUCUGAGUGUGCAAGGGGCCUGGCAGGAUACAGAAGUGCAAUGACAACUUACCCUGGAACAAGGUAAGAGCGUCCCACACUUACAAGGUGCCAUGCCCACAGAGUACAUCUCAGUGCUCAGCUAGAGAAAGGGCUGAUCCAGUGUGGGCCCUCACAUUUGACUUCUUCAAUACGUUCUUAUUCAAAGAGACAGCUUUCCAAAAGAAGAAGACACAAUACCCGCUGCGUGUGCUUCUCUCCUUCUUGCUUAGUGCAUCACUCACCAGUCCCACAUUGGUGUGUGGCAGGCAUGUGUUGACAGUGUGCCAUUGUCUGCCUGGGGACCUUGACUCCCCCAGUGUUCUCUGGAGUUCUUCCAGGUUGACUGUGGCAUGCAGCGCCGAUAUUCCACUGUGUAUUCUGAUACCCACCAUUAUAUUGAUAUCAGUGGAUGACCAUCAGCAAUGUGACUGUCAAGUGGAUUCAGAGGGAGUCGCCAGACACCGGCCACUCCAAGGACAUCAAAGUUGCCCCAGCUCAGAGCACUGGAAGCAGAGAAUUAAUGGGCAGUGACGACAGCAAAUCUCAGCACGCAAACAUGUUUGAAAAACACAGAUCCUAAAAGCCAGGCCCCUGCAGCCCCACUGCCGUAACAGGGAUCAUCCAGAAUUGAAGAAAUCCUCUGAAUGAAGCUGGUAGGCAGAAGCCAUGUGGGUUUUUUCUGAGCAUCAGUGAGCAUCUCCCCUGUCUGUGUGGAACCACACUGAACCCAAGAUCAGGAAUUUGAUUUUUUAGAUUCCUCACAUAAACGAGAGAAAAAGAAAAUCCAGUUGCUAUUGUAACUAACUGGUCAUCUCAAAGCUACACCUUGGGACAAGUGGGUUUCUCUUAACCCUCACUGGAAUCUCACGGACCAGCACCUAACAGCUGACAGACACGUCCAAACAGAAGCUGACGGAGACAGUCCCAAGGAAGCUGACAGACAAUGCAGGGAAACAAAAAAUGUGCAGACGGGUUCAGUGACACCUCCAGCAUCGGCAGCAUGCUGGAUGAAGCAGACAGGGAGGUGAGCAACCUCACAGACCGGGCAUUCCGGAGUCUGUGCAUCUCGGAGGACACAUCCUUCCAUGACUCUGACCUGGCUCUGUCCCCAGAUGUCACCAGCCAGGUGUCGGGGACUUUUCACCAGGAAACAGUGGGCCAUGCCAACAGGAAAAGUGGGAUCUGGAGCCAGCUUCCAUCUCAAGGCACAGAGCAUUCUGGCUGGGCAGCCACCUUCCAACAGCAACCCAAGUACGUUCAGGGGGAGGAAAAGUACCCCAAAAACAGUCCUCUGCCAACCCCAGUCCAGAGGAGACUGGAGGUGCCCAUUUCAGGCCUGAGGAGCAGCAACAAGCCCAUCUCCAAAGUCUCAUCACUCAUUAGAUCCUUUGACAGGACAGAGACUCAAUCUUGUGACAGCCGGCCUCCUCCCAGCAAGCCUCCGGCUCUCAAAAAUCCCCCCAAGUUUGCACAUCCUCCAGAAAGUGGUGUCAACUUCUGCUUCGAUUCGGCCUUUCUGACCGUCAGGAGGGUACCUGCUGAAGUCUCCAACACCCAUCAGGGCAGCCACCAGCCUGGCAGGGCUCCUGAAGAACAAGAGUCUCCCAAGAGCCCAGAACUAGCCUCUCACAGCUCAGCCGGCCUCCUCCGGACACCUGAGCAUGGGGCUGGCUCAUUUGAGCCAAGGUAUCCCUCUCCACCCCUCAAGCCAGCCACAGCCGAGCCGGGAAGAGGGGAGGAGUGGAUUCCAAGGAGGACUUUUCUGCACAGUGAAAACAGUGCCUUUGAGUCGUGGAACACCCACCAACCAAAGCUCCGGGAGAGGAAGGACAUUGCUGAAACCACCCCAGAAAGCAAAGCCCCCAAACAUUAUGAGGACAUGCCCUCGCUAAAGGAGCCCUACCCUGCAGAGUCCAAAGUCUCCCCCUACCAGGGCCGGGCUAACUGUGCCCAGGAAGAGAACAGGUCACCGUCAGGGAUCCAGUCUACAUCUGGAGCCUGGGGUGCCAGGGAUCCAGGAUCCCAGCUAUUCCCUGUAGAGGGAAAUGCUUCACAGAUUGACCCUCCGGUAAAGCGGAGUCAGGCCCCAUGGAGGAAGCCAAAGACUGGCAAAGGAGGGACAGAUGGUCCACAUGAUGCUUUGGAAGACAAGAAACAUCCCAAUAGGAGAGGCCUACCUCUGUAUUCAAAGCUUAACCCUCAGGGUCAGCUUCCAGAAAACGGUGUUCUAGACAUGCCAGACCAGUCCAAUGACCAUUACAGUCCCCCUUUUAACAUCAGCAAACUCCUCACCCCAAUUAUAUCUACAAAGCAUGUCCUGGAAACUUCAGACACCCAACCAGUGGAAAUAAGCCCAUCCCCUCCAGGACAGCUAAAUGGAUACCAGGAAAAGGAGUCCAGUGAGGCUCAGUCUCGAGAGAGCUACAAAUCCAAAGCGCCCAGCCUGCUGUUCAACCUAAAAGAUGUUCGGAAACGUGUCAAGAGUACAUACAGUCCCUUGCCUCUCUUAAAAGGCUUUGAUGAGAAAACCAGAGGUAAACUUGAUAGCAAGCAGGAACCUCUGAGCAAUGGGGUCACCCUUCCCAAUGGGCUUGAAGAAAACCCUCCCACCGAGCUCUUGCCAGAUGAUGCCCCUAGUGUUUUGCACAGCAGCACCCAGAAGGAUCCUGCUAUCAACUCGAGAGAAUCCUUUGCAGACAGCCACCCGACCCUCAGUUCACCAUCAGCUAGCUCCCAAACCCACUUCUGUGUCAAUGGGGAAGCUGCAGAAAGGAACAGUAAUGAGAAGGAAGAAGCCAACGGAGAGUCAGGGCAGGAUCCCUCCAAGUGUGGCGGGCAUCCAGACUCCAGGGAAAACUUUCCCCGGAAACAUCUCUCCCUGAAACUCUUCAACAGGGAAUCUGAAACGGGACCGGCUAUGGAAGAAAUGAAGCCCCACCAGCUGGAGAAUGGGCUCUUGAGAUCCGUCUCCCAGGAGACAGAGACUGAGCGAGAAACGGGGUUCCAGAGUCUACCCUUGAACCAGAAGUUCUCCCCAGGACCCCUUUCCCCUGAGGAGGAGGAUGUGUUUUACAGCGACAGCCAGUCUGAUUUUACUCCAUGCCGCCAAACAAAGGCUAAAUUCAGCACCAGCUCUUCGGACCAAUCCUUCGCUUCUUUUGAAGAUCAGCAGAAGGUGUGGUUUACAGAUGGCCCCCGGGAAGACUGGAAGAGUCAUGUGAGUGCAGGUGACAAGCAGAAGGACGAGGAGGAGACAGAGACAGUGGUGGAGAAAGAAGAGCCACAGCAAUGUGCCUCGAGUAAUGAACACAGAGGUGUGGAUGAGCACAGACAGGAGGAAAUACAAAGAAAAGCACAAGGUGUUUCGGGAGGAAGACCCAGGAAAGUACCAGUGGAGGACGUCAGUGCCAGAGGCUCGUGGAUGGGGGCUGAUAAGGAUACAGCUCUUGCACACGCCAAGAACCCAACCCCCUUGCCAGCCUCCACCAACAAGCACAGACUGUUCCCAAUUAAAGACAACACACUCAGGGCCACCCCAGUGAUAAAACCUAUUAUUCUGCCUCUCCUGAGGACAGUCUCCUCAGAGGACUCACUGAGUUGUGGACACAAAGAGAAUGAAUUGCCAAGGCAACCGUGGGGCGAAGAUGCCGGCUGCCUUAGUGCCUCGGAAAGCCAGGAAAUGCCUAACACCCCACUAUCCAGUAACGUGCCGGGCACACAGCACAGGUGUGUGGUGUGCGAGGACGUGCAGGAGGACCCGGUACACACUGCAGACCAGGAUGAGACUUCUCAGCAAACCCGGAAAGGGAGUUUCUCUUUUCUGCCACUGGUGGAAGAGGGGAACAGGAUGAAACCAUCCCCAGAUACAGCAGGCGAAGGGCUAGCACAGGAGAAAAGUAGACCAGCAGACUCGGGGAAACUGGGGGCUCCACAGCGUAUCCCCACUAUCGCUUUACCCCCGGAUGACUUAGAAGACUCGCCCCCGUCGCUGCCACAACAUACCUGUUGGGAAGAACAAGGUUUCAAAGGCCACUUUUUGUCUGCACCCAGAGCAGGACCAUCUGGAAGAAGGCUGGUCCCCAGUGAGGCAGCGACUUCCCCCAACCCCAGCUCUCUAGGAGAGAGCAGCACGUGCUCCCCCGCAGCCAGCAGUGUUUGGGAAGAGGCUUCCCAGGCCGCUGGGGAAUACUGGCAGCGCCAAGAGCCACCUGGCCCCAAGCCCUGGACCAGCCCUGGUCCAACAGGGCUAACUUGGCGGGAGGACAUGCCACAUGCCCUCACAUGGGAAGCUGAAGGUUCGGAUCCCUCAGAUUUCAGGACCCUCUCUCCAAGAGGCAUUUUGCUAGCUGAUGCUGCUGAGAAACCUGAGCCCUCUGCUCCUGCUCUGCUGGAGAAGGCGGCAAGCAAGCCCCCUGCAGUCCCGCCCAAGACCGAGAAGGCCCUGCGAAGGGCAAAGAAGCUGGCAAGCAAGAGGAGGAAGAGUGAUCAGAUGCUGGAGAAGCAUCCCGAAGCCUGGGAGGGCAAGUCCUUCACAGAGGACAUUCAGGGGACAGAGCGAAGGCCUGUGUCUCCUGGAAAAGGCCCUCGGCCCAGGUUCCCUGCCAUUCGCUCCCUGCCCCCGCCCACACACCGCCACUCAGUGUCCUGUGGCUGGGAGCCAACAGGGAGGCGGCCUUGGGGACCCCAGUCCCUCACACCUCUUCCCCCUUACCCCGCCACCCAGAAGGUGCUCCAGGAUCCCCAGUCAGGACAAUACUUUGUCUUCGAUGUGCCUCUCCAAGUGAAAAUCAAGACUUUCUAUGACCCUGAGACUGGCAAGUAUGUCAAGGUCUCUGUCCCAUCCUCUGAGGAGGCCUCCUCAGAGCCACCUCUGCAGGAUGCCCUGACUGCUCCCUACCUACUGUACCCCAGCUUCCGGCCAGUGCCUGUGACUUCCUUGAUGCCCCUGCGUUGCUCCUCUCAGCUUGCAGCCCCCACCUUUCUCAGGCAGGGUUCUGGCCACAGGCCCCAGAGUUCCCAGGGCGCUCGACUGCAGCCUCCCACGGAACGCCUGGGCAAGUCCACCCAGCAUGCCUCUGCCCAGCGUCCCUGUGGGCCUCCCCAUAGUCCAGAGGAAGAGAGUGCAGAAGCUCCAAGCCUAAAUAUCAUCUCCACAGACGAUCUAGAGGACUUUGCCACAGAGGGUGUUUCUUGAGAACGGCAGCAGACUGACCUCCCCCACUCAAAAACAAGAAAAGCUUACAGUCACAGACCCUCUCCAACAGUCUCUCUCUCUCUCUCUCUCUCUCUCU